GUCGAGGUUGCCUGGUCUCAGAGCACGGGGAGAGAAGGAUCUCACGGCUUCCGCCGCCGUUUGCGGCGCCAGGUCUUGGGGCCUGCUGUGGCACUACUGGCUGCCGAGGACUGGCCGGCCUAUAGUGCGCGAGCCGAAGACAAAGUGCCGAUCGACUUGGAGACGUACAAGUCGAAGAUUACGAGGCUCUUGGGAGAGGUGCCCGUUUACGCCGU